CAUGGGCAGGAGGCUCCCAGCAGUUCUAUUAUGCUGCUUUGCUAAAAUAAAAGAAGAGCUACUAGAAGGACUGCAAGCGAAACGCUGUUGGAGCCGCUGAGGGGAAAAAGGUCACAAGGUCUGGCCCUGGAGAUGGGAUGUGGGUCCCAUUUGGGGAGUAAAGAGCACAAAGAGGAAUACAGAAUCCAUUGAAGACACGGAAAAGGAAAGAAAGAAAGGAAACAACAACAAAAAAAAGGGAAAGGAUGUCAGCGGUCACCUCAGUAACCCCGGCUCCCCAGUCCACCGUCAACCUCCCGCCCCCCGAGUACACCAACCCCAGCAAGCCGGGCAGGAAGACCAACCAGCUGCAGUACAUGCAAAACGUGGUGGUGAAGACACUCUGGAAACACCAGUUUGCUUGGCCUUUUUAUACACCAGUGGAUGCCGUCAAAUUAAGCCUACCAGAUUAUCAUAAAAUAAUCAAGGUUCCUAUGGACAUGGGGACGAUUAAGAAAAGACUGGAGAAUGACUACUACUGGAGUGCCAGUGAAUGUAUGCAGGAUUUCAACACAAUGUUUACAAACUGUUACAUUUAUAAUAAGCCCACAGAUGAUAUUGUUCUGAUGGCACAGGCUUUGGAGAAAAUCUUUCUACAAAAAGUUGCUCAGAUGCCCCAAGAAGAGGUGGAGCUGCUCCCUCCAGCACCCAAGGGCAAAGGACGCAAGCCAGCAGGCGCUCUGACGGCAGAAAGCCCGCAGGAGUCUGCAGUGUCUUCAGUGUCUCCACCUACAUCUUUUCCAAACACCUCUCCAGUAGUAUCUCAGACUCCCGUCAUCGCAGCGACCCCUGUUCCCACCAUCACCCCCAACGUCCCGCCAGUUCAAGCAGCCCCCCCCACCGCCCCCAUGAUACCCGUCGUUCCUUCAGCACAGCCAGUCAUCAAGAAAAAAGGCGUGAAGCGGAAAGCGGACACGACGACCCCCACCACUUCUGCGAUCACGGCCAGCCGUAGCGAGUCGCCCACCCCCCUCCUGGACCCCAAACAAGCCAAAGUGUUGUCUCGGCGGGAGAGCACGGGGCGGCCCAUUAAGCCCCCCAAGAAGGACUUGGAGGAUGGGGAGGUGCCCCAGCAUGCGGGCAAGAAGGGGAAGCUCACGGAGCACCUGAAGUACUGUGAUAACAUACUCAAGGAGAUGCUUUCCAAAAAGCACGCUGCUUAUGCUUGGCCCUUCUACAAACCUGUUGAUGCAGAGGCUUUGGAAUUGCACGACUACCACGAAAUCAUCAAGCACCCUAUGGACCUCAGUACCGUCAAAAAAAAAAUGGAUGGGCGGGAUUACCAGGAUGCACAGGGGUUUGCAGCUGACGUCCGGUUAAUGUUCUCAAAUUGUUACAAAUACAAUCCUCCAGAUCAUGAAGUGGUGGCUAUGGCAAGGAAACUACAGGACGUGUUCGAGAUGCGCUUCGCCAAGAUGCCGGACGAGCCGGUGGAGGAGGCCCCUCCCCCCGCGCCGCCGGCCGCCCCAGUGGUCAGCAAGAGCACGGAGAGCAGCGAGAGCAGCGGAGAAACCUCGUCCGACUCGGACAGCUCUGAUUCCGAGGAGGAGCGGGCCACCCGGCUUGCCGAGCUGCAGGAACAGCAAAUCACUGUGGAUCGCCCCAAUGGUAACAGGGCAGGAAAAAAAAACGGGUGUGCCAAAAGUUAUCAGCUUAAAGCAGUCCACGAACAGCUGGCAGCUCUCUCCCAGGCCCCGGUAAGUAAACCAAAGAAGAAGAAAGAAAAGAAGGAGAAAGAUAAGAAGAAAAAAGAGAAAGACAAGGACAAACACAACAAGGUGAAGGCGGAAGAGGAGAAGAAGCCCAAGUCGACACAGCCAGCAAAACAGAGCCAGCAAAAGAAAGCCCCUGCCAAGAAGGCAAACAGCACCACCACGGCAACCAGGCAACUGAAGAAGGGAGCAAAACCUCCAGCCGCCGGGUACGAAUCAGAGGAGGAAGACUCUUUGCCGAUGACCUACGACGAGAAGAGGCAGCUCAGCCUGGACAUCAACAGGCUGCCU